GCAGCAGCAGAGGGGACUAGCUUAGCUACCUAAGCUUGGCUAUAGCUAUGUGCUGCAGGACCCCCAGCCCGUUGCGGAUAACUGGCUGUCAAAGUGGACGACAGGCUCUCCGUGCAUCCGGGACCCAUUGGAGGCUCGCUCGCCUUACUUUUUUAGAGGGUCUCUGUUCAUUCAGUUUCUUCGAUGAUGGAGAAUGAGUGAGCGAGAUGGGUCUCCGAUCGGGCCUGGAACAGGGAUUCCUCUUACGUUCUCCUAUUUUUUGCGUUGUUGUGGUUUGUUGUUAUUGUUCCUUUUCGGCUUUCUCCAACAGAAAGGCGGCCGCGAGAACGGGCCUCGAGGGUUGGGGUCUAAACGAAUCAGAGCCGCAUCUUUCACCGAACCCGGGAAAUGUCGCCCCUUGUUUCCCUUUUUCCCUCCCUCGCUUUGUUCCGCUUUGUUGUUGUUCAUCCCGCGGGCUACUCUUUUUUUUCUCUACUCAUUUCUCACUCGUUCGCCCAUAUCCAAUGAUAUGGAAGGACAAAUACAAUCCUACGAACUCCAAGAAGAAGUAAGCUAUGCAGCAUCCCCCACCUCCAAACGGAGAACGGCAAUCAUUACUACCAUUUGUUCAAUGUCAACGCCAAUGGGACAUCGUAGUCUUCCGUAAAACUCACGAUGUCCCUACCUAUUACAGCAUCCUGGCGCGAUUGAUAGCAUGGGGCACGGGAUUCCCGCGACGAGGUGCCGAGAGAAGUGAUCUUCUAGUU